UUCUACUUUAAAAAAAUACAGUUUAUAAAAUCUUAUAUUUGUAAAAGGUUCAGAAAACUCAAAGAUACAGAAAAUUUUCAAUCACCCAAACUGUCAACCCUGACAACCACAACGUCAUACUUCAAAACCCCACCCCACAAUGGUCCUCUCCAUGGCGCGAUGGGUGGGGAAAACCGCCAUAAUCACCGGCGCCAGUUCGGGAAUCGGCGCCGCCAUCGCCGACGCUCUCGUCGAAAAAGGCCUAAACGUCCUCGGCGUCUCCCCCAUAACCGAACCCAUCGACAAGCGCGCCAAAGAACUCUCCGACAAACCCGGAAAACUCUGCUCCUUCUACGCCGACGUGACCUGCGAAGACCAAGUCCUCUCCGCCUUCAAAUGGGGCGAAGACAACUUCGGCCCCGUCCACAUCCUCGUCAACAGCGCCGGAGUCUUCACCGAGGAGCUCCUAUCCGAAGGAAAACUGCAGACCUGGAAGACCAGCUUCGAGGUGAACGUGUUGGGGCUGUGCUUGGCAACGAGAGAGGCGGUGAAGAUGAUGCGAAAGCACGACGUCAGCGGACAUAUAGUGCAUAUUAAUAGCAUCGCCGGGCACCACGUGGGGUUCACGCCCAAGAUGAAUGUUUACCCGGCGACGAAGUUCGCGAUUACGGCGUUGACGGAGACGCUGCGGCAGGAGUUGACCCUGCUUGGGACCAGGAUUAGGGUUACGAGUGUUAGUCCGGGGCUGGUUUUUAGCGAGUUCUCGGUUUUGAAUAAGAAUGUGAGUGAAGAGAAGAGGGAGGCGUUGAAGAAGAGGCCGUUUAUUAAACCGGAAGAUAUUGCAGAUGGGGUUGUUUAUGCGUUGUCGACUCCGGAACAUGUUCAAGUUCAUGAGUUGACGAUUAAACCGGUGGGGGAAAGAUAUUGAUAAUUUGUUUUAGGUGUGUUUGUAAGUGUAAUAAAAAA